CUAUCGCCGGAGCCCCAUUUCACGGAUACACGCUGCGUACUGCUCAGUGUCCCGGCCAGCAUCUGACAACAGCCAUCCAAGAGACGUACGCGCAUGAUACAUCAAUGAAUGGGGCACAGUGUGACAGGGGUGCGCGUGACUGACUGGCAUGCCCAGCCUUAGGGCGGAAUAGAUGGUGGAUGACAAGACUGGGCAUGCUCGUUGGAACCAGGGGAUCUACCGUCGUUGGAACCGUGUCUGGAUGCGGUUGCAGCCCUGCAUUGCCGCCUGCACACGCACACAGACGCACACAGACACACACAGACACACACACACACACACAGAGACAGAGAGAUGGAUCUGUUCUUUGUCUGUCUGUCUGUCUGUCUAUCUUUCAGUGCAUGCAUCCGCUACCACGGGUUGGUGAGCUUUGGAAGUCAGUAAUGACGAAUACAGGGCGUGUCUCUUCGUCUCCACUGACGUCGGGAUAUAAAUUGUAGCCAGCGAUAUGACACUGUUUAUCACGCCGCGGUCAACAUUGAUGACCUGAGCAAAAUGAGAGGAAUGUAAAGCAAAAAUGGAUGGAUUGCCACCCACUGAAGAAGUCUAGAGUUUCCCCUGGUGGCAUGGCCUCCUGCAGACCUGCAGCACAGACAAGAACCACCAAUCAAUCGUGGCAGCGUGUGCAUGGAUGCACGAUAGCUUACGGAGCAGUCUGUAUUUCACAGCGUCAAACGCCAAUGUACACAAUCGCUGGCUGUCGAGUACACUAUAGUCGGAGCCCGCAAUCAUCAU